AUGACUCUCGGCAAGAGACUUGAUCUCUUGGCCCGGUGUUGUGUUAUGACGAAUCACUCCCCUCCCUACGGAAACAAACAGUGUUUAGUCCCGAGGGCCCUCAGCCUAUUUUCGACCCAGAAGGAGUUCUUCAGGCGGGGGGCGGCCGAAGACAUUCUCCCUCUUCAGAAACGUUCGCGGUUAUGUUUCCCCGGGGAGUCCCUCAAGCCCCAGAACAAGGAGAGCCUGGCCGCGUCCAGCUCGGAAGGCAGCCCGCAACCCACAGCGACGGGGUCCCCAACCUAG